AGGACAAGCAUAUCUACGCUGAACAGGGCCUGCAGGAUGGUGUAGUCCUCCCCCCUCGCCGGCGGCCUGAACACAUCUUGGAAGCACGACGACGAUGACGAUCGGGAAGAACAUGAGCAAGAGGUGCACGGAUUGCAGUGACGUAGUAGGCGGGCUUAAGGAAGCCGAGCACCUCCAGCUCGACGACGUUCAUGACGAGGAGGUAGACGGUAAGGACGAUGGAAGAAGUAAAAGAAGGCCAUGAGCAGCACCAGCUCCGCGCCAUUGUUGGUGUCGUAGAUGGCGGUGGGAGCGUGGGGCCAGUAGGAUUGGGAGUCUAAGAGGGGUUCCCUACUUCUAGCAAGGAUGGGGUGUGUUUAGGAGAUUUGUAAAAAUAGGGACCCUGUUUGGGGAGCUGUUGGAGGUUAAAAUCUCUAAAUUUACCUAUAGGGAGCAUAAUAGGGUGUCUCUUGGAGAUGCUCUACUUGUUCUUUUAACAAACUGAUAGGAGAGCUGCCAACUAUAUUAAUAAAGCAGGAGAAAACAAGAAAAAGGAAAAGAAAGAUACAACCGCCACACUCAAAUAGGAGAACUCUACGCAGAUUGCACUAGGUACCUUACAAUCUAACACAACUGGCACGAUGCCGAAGCACUAGUCAGCACUAUCCUGCACAAAGCAUACGACAACGCACUCCACCAAAUGACACACUGAGGCUUCAAAAUCGGAUACGAGCUAGACAUUGUGGCGGAUCACCAAUGCACAAAGCUUAGAGAGAAGAAUGGAAGCAACGGCAUGAUGAACCACAAGCAUCACUACAGACAAAAAGCCACAUCAUGCACACACUGCUAGGACCUCUGACCAUCGACCACAUAAUGGGAUAGGCGAAGGGCAGCCACCACCACCAGACGAAAGCUCUAACUUCACCGAGUGGUGUCGUAAUCGCCGCCUCCUUGCGUGGAUCUAGGGUAGCUGCUGCUCGGAUCGACGUCAAUGUGCACGGGAACGGUCAGCAGCUAUGAUGUCGAAGAAAAGGGACAGGGGAAGGAGAGACAGAAGGGUUGCGAACGGUUGCUGGCUUUGGCGCCGCCGCUGGCGGCUGUGGCCGGUGAAGGCCUGCGAUUGGGAUUUUUGGGUGAGCGGCCGAGUUGCCCACCUUGAGAACGACUUCUUACUACUUGUGAAAUGGGCAAAAACAUGAUUAGGGCUACGAAGGACUGUUGCUUUUGUAGUUAGUAUCAGAACUGAUCAUAAGCUUCCAAAGGAAACAUGGCAGAAUUAAAGGUUGCAAGUCUCGAUGCCCAAACGACAAAGAUCAGAAAUGUCCCUAUUGCUGUGACACCAGAAGGAUUCUGGUGUUGCCCGUCCCAGGCCGUGCUCCAGAAGACGGUAAAGAACCAAAACCAGCAGGCAAAACGCAAAGGGGGUGCCUCCCCUCCUGCAUCAAAGGCCUCAUCAGUUCAAAGGGCACCGACAAUCUCAUCAGAGAGAAGAACACAUUCAACUCCAACAAGGUCUAAAAUCAACUCAGAGGAGCAGAGAUGCUUAUUGGCCGACAAUGCCACUGCUAAUCCACCAAAGGCAGCAAAUGAAAGACCACCAAAGCAACAUAAGAUAUCUGUUGGAUUUGGCCAGCUUGAAUUGAGUGACUUGAAGGUUUUGCUGUAUGGAAAGGAUGGGGUUGCUGUAAAGAUGAGCGUCCACAAGAAUGUCCUAGCUGAAAACAGUACCUUCUUUGCUGAUAAGCUCUCAAGGCAAUCUUCAAUAUCGAGUAUAGAGGUGCCUGAUUGCGAGGAUGUGGAGAUUUAUGUUGAGACUGUUGGGUUGAUGUACUGCAGUGAUGUCAAGCAGAGGCUGAUCAAGCAGAGUGUUCCACAUGUUCUUCGGAUCUUGAAGGUUGCAGAAUCGUUAGGUUUCCGAGCAUGUGUCAUCUCAUGCUUAGAUUACUUGGAGGCGGUCCCUUGGGUCGGGGAAGAAGAAGAGAAUGUGGUCUCAUCUGUUCGGAACCUGCAGAGUGAGAAUUAUGGUGUUAGCCCUGUACUGAAGAGGAUAGUGUCUGAUCUAACGAUCCCACCAAAUGACACAUUUUCACAUAUCAUUGAAUUAGUUUUGAAAAGCAAUGAGGACAGAGGGCGGCGUGAGGUGCAGUCCUUGGUGCUGAAGCUUCUGAAGGAGAAUAGCACUACCUGUACCGGUGGAUCUUCUGACUUAUGUGCUGAUACUCUCUACAGAUCAUGUCAGAACUGCCUGGAGUCCUUGUUGGCCUUGUUACGGCAAGCAUCUGACAGUGAUUUUGCCGAGCAAGCUCUGGAUAUUAAAGAACCGGUUUUUCGACAAAUUGCUCUAGAAGCAGAAAAUCUCCUUUGGUUAGCUGAGAUUUUAGCUGACAGGAAUGCUGCCGAUGAGUUCGCGGUUAUGUGGGCUAACCAAUGUGAGCUGGCUGGGUUGCAUUCCAAGUUACCAGUCAAGUCGCGCCACCUUGUCAGUUGUGUCACGGCAAGGCUCUUUGUGGCAGUUGGGAAAGGAGAGUUGCUUCCUUCAAAGGACACGCGGCAACUUCUCUUGGAUGUCUGGCUGCAGCCUCUCAUGGAUGACUAUAACUGGUUGCAGCACGGUUGCAGAUCAUUCGACCGUAAAGUGGUGGAGGAAGGAAUCGGGCGUACCAUCUUGACGCUCCCGCUGGAGGAUCAGCAGACGAUACUGCUCUCGUGGCUCGGGAGGUUCUUGAAGGUUGGGGACAGCUGCCCCAAUCUCCAGAAGGCCUUUGAGGUUUGGUGGAGGAGGACUUUCAUAAGGCCUUAUGCUGGGCCACAAGGGAAUCAAUCGCAAUCGGGUGCAAGAAAAUAGACGUGUUUCCUAAUCUAGUAUAUUGCUCAGGGAAAUGGAUUGGUAAUCUCUUGCAUGGUAGGCUGUUUGGGAGAUCCCCAGGACGUGGAGACAAAAUGGGAUUGUAGAUUAGUACUUUGACCUGAGGCUUGAGAAUAUGUGUGCAUUGUGCUUGUGAUGCUUCAUAUGUAUGUGAAGCUCUCUGAAUUCUGGGUACAAAAUUUGUCCUCGGAUCUGUUUGCAGCACUGUACUGAGUGUUACAACGUUGUGCGAUAUAAGUAUCACUGUAGACUGUACUGAUAUGUAGAAUCUCAAUGCUUUGGUUGUGAUGAAAUUGUAAAGAAUUUUCUGAGA